UUAACUCGACUGAAUUGAAUUUUAAUUGAAUUAUAGCUUCCUGAAGCGGAACUCAUCCACCAAUCACAGAGCGAUCACUGAGGCGAUGGCGGGUGACGUCACUCUCUCCUCGCGCUUUGUGCUCGGAUGCUGCGGGUGCGCGGUGUAGUGGAUGCUCGCGCGCUCUCUGUGUCCGGUAUUAUAGCAGGAUACUUUAUAUAAUUAACUGAUUAACUGAUUUUCUGCUGAAGCCGCCGUUCGUGAGCAGGAACAUGGCGGAAUCCGGAGGGAGAGGGAAGAUGGCGGAGAGCGCGAGACGCGCAGAGACCGGAGGUACAGGUGCAGCAGGUCCAGCUAAAAUGAUGACAUCAUCACCAGUUUCUGAAAAGAAACAUCAGAGAAAUGGCCACGCCUCCCCAGCUCACCAAUCAGCCAAUCAGAGCAGCCCGACUGCUGGUAAGCAGACUGAAAUGUUGACUCCGCCCUCUGUGUCAGAGAAGAAGCCUCUGACGAAUGGGAGCGCUUCACCUGUCCGCCAUCCAGCCAAUAGCAGCAACAGCCAGACAGGAAACCAAUGUGUGGAGUCUCUCCUCAAAACAGAUGACAGGAUGCGACUGGCCAGAGAGAGACGAGAGGAGAGAGAGAGAAGUCUGGCGAUGAGGGAGCAGGCUCUGAUGGAGAAGGAGCGGCGUUCUCGUCUGCAGUACGAGAGAACGAGGGAGGAGAGGUGGAGGCGUCUGGAGGAGCAGAGACAGAAGGAGGAGCAGCGCAGGGCUGCUGUGGAGGAGAAGAGAAGGCAGCAGCUGGAGGAGGAAAAGGAACGCCUGGAAGCUCUGAUGAGGAAAUCACUGGAGCGAAGUCUUCAACUGGAGAACAGAAACAAACGGGGGACCUGGGGGAUGAACGGACAGAGCGACUAUGCCCUCCCCCAUGACCUCAUCGCUUCCUCUCUUGCUACCAACGAAUUAUGCAACGUCCAUCACGGUCACAUGACCUCUGUGGACAACCUGUCAUUACUUCGUCUCUGUACACACACACACUCCUCACUCGCUCGCUGCAGCAGUGACGCCCAGCUGUGUGUGCCCUGCCCACGGUACACAGUUCCCUCCAGUCCUCACAGGUCCCUGUACUCCGCGUCACCGAGCCGUCGCCGUGCCAACACUGUAGCCAUGGAGAUGGGCGGGGCAAAUUCAGCCCCCAAUACCCCGAAGAAGGAGAGGUUGCGUACAGAGAGAAGGACGCCGACUGGAUCACCUGUGAGACGAGACGAAUCUCCUGCUGUUGUCAUUCGGCGCUCCACCUCACCAAAGUUGACUCCUAAGAGUCGUAAUCAGUCUCCUGUCCCACUCCAUCAUUUCCCUCCGUCCCCGCUGAGACACAGAGCCUCCACACCCAUCACAGACGACAACAAGUUCACCGCUAACAGACAAGCCCAAGAGGUCAAAGGUCGUGACCCUGCAGAUAAAAAGCUGCUGACCGAGACGGAGGUCAGUGCAGGAAGUGUGAGAGGAACCUGUAAAGCGGAGAACCCCAAACCUGCAGACAGGAGCGCGGAUAGGAGCACAGAACAUUCACCUCUGACCGCUGGAAAGGCCGUCGCCGGGGCAACGGAUGGAGACGAGGUGGCUCGGGUUUUGGAGGAGAGACGGUGUCGUAUACAGAAGGAGCAGGAGGAAAAGGACAGGCUGAAAGCUGAGCAGCUGAAGAAGAAGCAGGAGGAAAAAGAGAUGAAGGAGGAGAAGAGGAGAAAAGCAGAUGAAGAGAAGGAGCUGCAGGAGAAACAGGAAGUAGAGAGAGAGCUGAUGAAGCAGCAGGAAGAGCAAGAGCGACAGCAGAGGAAAAAGAGAAUCGAGGAGAUCAUGAAGAGGACGCGGAGGAGCGAUGGAGAAAUGAAGCGAGAGGAGAGUCAGGAGCGUGGUUCCCCUCCGUCACACACACACUCGCACGCUCUGUCUCCGCCGGGUGAAGUCCAGGUGAACGCAAAGGUAAAGGGUGAGGUGAAAGCCCCGCCCACUGGUGCACAGGUGAGCUCCUCCCCACAAAACCAGACGCUGUUACGUGGACAGGUGAAGCCACGCACACCUGAACGCAUCAUGAAGCAGCAUGAGAGUGCAGAGAAGAGUUCACACACACCUGCACAGGUGCUGCACGACACUCCAUCAUUAAACUCUCCUGAUCGUAGAGGAGCAGCUGUAAAAGUGGAAGUUGCUCCAGUGGCACCUCAGAGAAGCUCACCUGUGAGAGAGGAACAGAGCGCUCAGGUGAGGAAGAUAAACAGUCCAUCAGAGAAACUGCUGGAGUCGCAGGUGAAGAUCUCUGCUGAAAACCAUGAGAAGAAACAUCUACCAGUCAAGGAGAGAGAGCGAGGAACAGGCCAGGUGAUCAGCCCUGAUCUUACACAGGUGAUCAGACAGGAGACCAGGGGCAUGGUUAAAAGUUCCCCUUCUGAACAAUUGAAGAGUCCAACCUCCCAACAGGUGAACAGCCAGGUGAAAGGUUCUACCUCUGAACAGGUGAACAGCCCAGUGAAUGGUCCAACCUCCCAACAGGUGAACAGUCCAGUGAAGGGUCCAACCUCCCAACAGGUGAACAGUCCAGUGAAGGGUCCAACCUCCCAACAGGUGAACAGUCCAGUGAAGGGUCCAACCUCCCAAGAGAUGAACAGCCAAAUGAGGAGUCCAAUCUCCCAACAGGUGAACAGCCAGGUGAAAGGUUCUACCUCUGAACAGGUGAACAGUCCAGUGAAGGGUCCAACCUCCCAACAGGUGAACAGUCCAGUGAAGGGUCCAACCUCCCAACAGGUGAACAGCCAAAUGAGGAGUCCAACCUCCCAACAGGUGAACAGCCCAGUGAAGGGUCCAACCUCCCAACAGAUGAACAGCCCAGUGAAGGGUCCAACCUCCCAACAGGUGAACAGUCCAGUGAAGGGUCCAACCUCCCAAGAGAUGAAUAGUCAAAUGAGGAGUCCAACCUCCCAAGAGAUGAACAGCCAAAUGAGGAAUCCAACCUCCCAACAGGUGAACAGCCAGGUGAAAGGUUCUACCUCUGAACAGGUGAACAGUCCAGUGAAGGGUCCAACCUCCCAACAGGUGAACAGCCAAAUGAGGCAUCCAACCUCCCAACAGGUGAACAGUCCAGUGAAGGGUCCAACCUCCCAAGAGAUGAACAGCCAAAUGAGGAGUCCAACCUCCCAAGAGAUGAACAACCAAAUGAGGAGUCCAACCUCCCAAGAGAUGAACAGCCAAAUGAGGAGUCCAACCUCCCAACAGGUGAACAGCCAGGUGAAAGGUUCUACCUCUGAACAGGUGAACAGUCCAAUGAAGGGUCCAACCUCCCAACAGGUGAACAGCCAAAUGAGGAGUCCAACCUCCCAACAGGUGAACAGUCCAGUGAAGGGUCCAACCUCCCAAGAGAUGAACAGCCAAAUGAGGAGUCCAACCUCCCAACAGGUGAACAGCCCAGUGAAGGGUCCAACCUCCCAACAGGUGAACAGCCAGGCAAAAAGUCCAACCUUGGAGCAGUUGAACAGCCCAGUGAAGGGUCCAACCAACCAACAGGUGAACAGCCAAAUGAGGAAUCCAACCUCCCAACAGGUGAACAGCCAAAUGAGGAAUCCAACCUCCCAACAGGUGAACAGCCAAGCGAGGAGUCCAACCUCCCAACAGGUGAACAGCCAAGUGAGGAGUCCAACCUCCCAACAGGUGAACAGCCAAGUGAGGAGUCCAACCUCCCAACAGGUGAACAGCCAAAUGAGGAGUCCAACCUCCCAACAGGUGAACAGCCAAAUGAGGAGUCCAACCUCCCAGGAGGGACCCAGCUUGGUGAAAAACCCCACCACCCAGCAGGUGAACAUCCAGGUGAAGCGUGAGCAAGUGAAUGGCCAGGUGAGCUCGCAGGUGAAAGCUAUCAUGACAUCGUCACAGGUGACAUCAAAGAAGACAUCAAGUAGCUCCUCCCCCCUCAGCCCACUUCCUCCACCACAGCUCUCACCUCCUCUCAGUGACCUGGAGUAUCUGGAGAAAAGGGGCGGGGCCAGAAAGCAGUUGGCUGAUGAGGUGCAGUCAGUGGAAGUCAGCCCCGUGUCUAAAGAGGAACUCAUCUCCAUUCCCAAGUUUUCUCCCAUCUCUGAAGUUCAGAAUGUUGUGAACAACACACGAGCGCUGGAGGACCUGCUGGAUCUGACUGGUCAUGUGACAUAUCCCAUAAUGCCUCGCAGCACUGCGCUGGGAGACUGCAACAAAAACGUGAUUGAGCCGAAACAGACUUCUAACACACUGAACAUGAGAAGCAGAAAGGAGUGAGAGGUUGAGUGAGAGGAAGAGGAAGAAGAAAAAGAGGAAAUGCUUCAUCACUGGAUGGAUAGACUGAGCAUGAUCUUUAAACAUUAGCCACAUUAGCAUUGUGCUGCUACAACUAAUAAUAACACAGAGACUAUCGAGGCUGGACUCAAAUACAUCGUUAAUGAAUCUGCUGUUUAUUUAUUUAUUUCUGCAUAAUGAGAAGAAUGUGUGCUGUUUAUUAGUCCUGGGUAAGGAUGUGUAUUAGGCUUGUGCUGGUAAUCAGAUACAGAAAAUAUAAAUAUAUAAUCACGAUAUCUUAGUUUAUUUAAUCAAUUAAAAAUACACUCAUUUGUCUCACAUGGAAAUUAUCAUAAUUUUCUUCUAAACAUGACCAUGUUGGACAAAUUGGAACGGAAAAAAGUCAGUGUGAGUGAGAAAAGUUUACAGAGCUGAGACUUCACUGUUUUUGCAGACAAAUGGAAGUUAUUUCCAUAACAAGCUAACGUAGCGCAAACAACUCGCUGGCUAGCCUUACUUACUUACUUACUUACUUACUUACUUAAUUAUUUACUUAGUUAGCUAUGUUAGCCAGCAUCAUCUUCUCUGUAAGAGCUAAUGGUUUAAAAAACUCUAGUACACUAUCGUGAUAUAAUACUGCGAAUAAAAAAUAAAAACUACUGUUGCAGAACGUGGUAUAGGCGCACGCCUGGUGUGUAAAUAACUGUACAUUUAUACAGUAUGUAAUGUUUGUAAAAUGACAGCUGGCCAAAGCACACGAAGGAGAAGAAAAACCUCACAGACCAAAAGAUGUAAGAUAUUCAUCGUGAGGUGUAGUAGAUCGUUAGCCUCAACAGUAGCCUAGCGCUGCUGUACAGUAAACUGGACUGUAUGUAUGCUGAUAUGCUAAGUUCUCCUGCACUGCAUUAGUUUUAUGUUCAACACACAGUAUGAUUAAUGUGUAGUGUUUAGUUUGGAUAAAGCAUUAAGUAUGUACUUACCUAGCUAACAUAACAAAACACACAUAACAUAGGUGAGAUGCUUGCUAGCGUUAGAGAGAUAGUAAGCUAGUUGUGUUAGCAAGCACAUUCUGUGCUGCAAAAGCUAAUUCUGCUUUUAAAAAAAAAAUUUCAUCGGAGUGGAGAAGCCAGAGAUAACGAGCUGUAGUAAAGGUUAAGGUGAUUAUGAUUAUGUUAAAAAUGUAAAAAUUGGCAUGUACCUUUCCUGUUAGCUGUAUUUAGCCGGCGAAUAUUAGAUCUGCAGCGUCAUUAAAAUGAAAAAUGAAUUCCACCUUGUGGACUUUUAGUAAAACAGACUCUGUUCUGAUGUUCAGAUUCCUGAUAGUAGUAAAUACGAGUAAAAAAACUUCACUUUUUCUUAAACAGAAAUCAAACCAUGUCAGUGCUGCUCUGGAGUGAAAGAUGAGACGGUUGUGACAAUUUCUGCUCCUGUUCUGAGUGUCUUACUGUUACUGUUUAAAGUGUUUUCUCCAGACUGGACUCUUCCUUUUACCUGCUAAUGGAUAAAAUCAUCGUACUGCACAUGUCCUUUCUGUAAACAAGCUGCAUGAAGCCUGAACGCCAUAUUACACUUAGUAAUAAUGAUCAAAAAUAAAAACAUUACAAAAUCA